AUGGCACACGGAUUAUCUGAUGCUGAAAUGAAAAAAGAAUAUUUUGAUGCACAAGAUAAAUUGGAUGAUAAAUUAGAUAAACUGGCUGAAUGGAUUAAAAAAAGUAAACAUUUUAUUAUAUUUACUGGAGCUGGAGUAUCCACAUCAACUGGAAUUCCUGAUUUUCGUAGUGCAAUGGAUACUGUCUUACCAACUGGACCAGGUGCUUGGGAACUACGAGAUAAUAAGACAGAAAGAUCAAAAAAAGCUGUUGUUAUUCAUGAUAUGCACAAAGCUAUACCAUCACUUACACAUAUGGCUUUAGUUGAAUUACAACGUCGCGGAAUACUGAAAUGUUUAGUAUCACAAAAUUGUGAUGGAUUACAUUUACGUAGUGGAAUGAAUCCAGCUUGUUUAGCUGAGUUACAUGGUAAUAUGAAUUUGGAAAAAUGUUCAAACUGUGGCGCAAAAUAUUUACGCGAUUAUGAUGCAGCAAUCGGUCUUUUAAAUCAUCUAACAGGUCGUAAAUGUGAUAAACCAGAAUGUCGUGGUCCAUUGAAAGAUUCUAUUAUUAAUUUUGGUGAAAAUUUACCUGCAGAAGAAUUAGACAAAGCAUUUACACAUGCACAAAAUGCUGACCUUUGUCUCGUACUUGGUUCUAGUUUAACAGUAACGCCAGCAGCAGAUAUACCACGAAAGGUUGCUGAGAGGAGUAAGAAAUUAGUUAUUGGUAAUCUUCAACGAACACCAUUAUACUCAAUGGCUACAUUGAAUAUACACGCAUUCAGUGAUACUAUCAUGCAAGGUCUCAUGGAACGACUUGACAUACCAAUACCACCAUGGAUUGUUCGUCGGCGUGUGCGCGUGACACAAGAAAAAUCUUCAAAUGGUAGUAGUUGUGAAAUCUUAAUUGAAGGACGUGAUCCGGAUAAUACAGAUAUACCAUUCAGUCUUUUUAAAUCUAUACAAGUAAAUAGUGGAGAAAAGGCAAUAGAAAAGAUUAAUAAGGAACCAUUUAUAUUUGGAAUCACGAGCAACAAUUCAGAACCACUAAAUAUUCAUCUGGAAUUUUUUGGUCAUUAUAAUGAAAUUCCAUUCGACCUGAAUUACACAAAUGUUAACAGUAUGCCACAGAAAGAAGAAUUCUAUUUAUUUUAUAAUCCAAUGAUAGGACAAUGGCGUAAAACAACAAAAAGUGAUGAUUUCCCUCUUUAA